AUGGUUGCUUCAGGACUUCGCCGCGCUCAAAUUGGAGAAGCGAAGGGGAAAAUCUACGAAUCUGAAAAUGAUCCAGUUGGAACGCCGCAGCCUGAGCCCAUGCCUUAUCUAGGCCGAGGCGCUGCCCAAAUACGGUUGACGGUGGAUGACAUGAAGCGCUGGACCCACAAUGUCGUAAGUGACUCUAUUAUGCACCCUCACGAUCACAAAAGACGAUCCUAUUCUUCGAACAUACCCACCAAAUUCUGCAACUUAAGCGACAUGAGGUUUAACAAGCGAAAAUUGGCUCUGGAUGAUGCCCGAACUCACGAUCUUAGACUGACCGACAUUAACGAUGCUGGGAUUCUUAUCGCCAUGCCAUCGUGCUCGUCUCUAGUUAUCACCUCCUUGGACUCAAUUAGCAAGAGGAUACGAACGUGCGGUAUUUAUCCCGGUGAUACAUACCCACUGGAAUGUGCCGCUACCCGUGUCGGCAGUGGUGAAGACCUUCCCUCGGCCAAACGAAAACGAUCGACCUUGGUCAUUCUUGUUCAAACUCCUCAAUUACACCUUGCAAGUGUCAAUCUAGAGAAAUUAAAGCGUGCAAGGACAGUCGCUUCCUUGACUCAAGACGUUGAACUCGAUUCCACCGCCUCCGCCUGUCUCCGCUCGGAUCUUUACCAGCAGUCUGUCAACGUCGAGUUUUGGAUUUCAAUGUACCGUGGACCCUACACGCCCCCCGCUAUCGCUUAUCCAUCAGAUCCCGCCAACGCAUUGCUUGACUAG